GCUCCACAAGACCACAAUAUACAACACCUUUCAAAAAUUCACAGUGCACUCGUAUGGAACAGUUGCCAGAAGAAGUCACAGAUUAAUUCCGUAAAGAAGAGCCAAGAUAUCUCGAGAUUCUACAGCCAGCCAUCUCCAAGUAUGCAGCGCGAAGGAGUCCCUCUCACGCUAUACUCCUUUUACAUCUUCGAUCGACACACCGAAUGUAUUUACUCAAAAAAAUGGACGCCAAUCCCAUCCACAGCUCCCUCCUCUUCAGGGAACACCACAAGCACACAGCAGCCAGCAACAAGUAAUCCUCCCUCAUCACAGCGCUCCUCAGUCCUCAGCGCGACAGCCUCAUCAGCCCAAGCCCCUCCACAAACGACGACCACGACCACGACCACGACCACCGGCCCAACCUCCCAUUCCCUCAGCGCAUCCAGCGCCCUCCGCGCCCAGACCAAAGCCACCAACGACGCCAAGUUGAUCUUCGGCACCAUCUUCUCCUUGCGGCGGCUCGUGCGCCAACUAGGCGGGGCGGACGACGCCUUCCUCUCGUACCGCACGGCGGAAUACAAACUGCAUUACUUCGAGACGCCGUCGCAGUUGAAGUUCGUGCUCCUCACGGACCCUCGCACGGGGAGUAUGAGGACGGUGCUCCAUCAGGUCUGGGCGACGCUGUACGUGGAGUUCGUGGUCAAGAAUCCGCUCGCGCCGGUCGAGCAUGGUGGGGGCGAUGGGAAGAGUGGAGUUGGGAAUGAGCUUUUCGAGGGAGGGUUGGAGACGUUUAUGUCAUCGAUCUUCAACAUCGGCCAGCCACAGGUCCUUCAGCAGCAUGCUUGAUUGGGUGGAUCGUCCAAUCCAACAUCGCCUAUCCCGCUUUCAAGACACAUGAUCGGGGAUCUCAUCAUCCGUAUGGAAUCAAGGCGCAUGACUUCAAGCCUCCGUCACCUCCCAAAGGAGAGAGAGAAAGAGAGAUAGAGGGGUUCGUUCAUGGUUCAGGAGUGUUCAAAUACACCAGGUAACCUGACGUUUCGUGCGACGCGAUACACGAUGCCUCGAUCGGCUGCGCGAUGGAAGUAAAGUGGUGGUGGAUGUUUAUUAGGGUUACGACAACUAACGAAUAAGUAUUCGGUUACUCGAAAUCGGAUGGAUUUGCUGCGAAGACGGCCAUGGUGUUGAAUUUUCCAAAGAAGCUGAAAUGAUGAAUGUUUUAUGCAUUAAUAAA